UAUUUAAAAAGUGGUUGUGAGACUCUGCCUUUAGAAAAAAAUAAAAGUAAAAAUAAAAAGUAAUCAAAGGAACUAGCAUAAGUUACAUCUCCUGUUCCCAUCCUUGCUCAGAAACACCGGAAUAGCUCCAGCAUGGGCCGACACUUGCUCAGAAACACCACUUUCGUCCUCCCAUUCCCAUCCUUCUUCCCCUUUUUCACUGCCAAUUUCACUACCAAAAGAUGAACUUGCAGCCUGAACACUUCCCUCGCCUACCAUUUCUCCGAAAACUUGCACGGCAACCUAGCCACUAUCAAGUCCAUACUGCCAUACAUUUCCAAGUCCGGCAUUGGUAUCUCAGGGCACGCCGUGCCGUCAAUUUCGUCCUCCUCGUCGAUCCACUCCGGGAACAAAUCUGGCCAUUCGAAAAGCUCCGAAACUCCCUCGAAACCAAUGGGAAUUGUUUCUCCAUGCUUUUCCCAUUCACUCACUCUUCAUCCAAAUUCACCAUCCCAAUAUUCAUUCCACUCCCAAUUUCUUCAUAAACUCCGGUACCUCUACCUUACUCCCAUUCAUCCUCUUUCUCUGCUUCUCUGUUUUCUCCAGAAUUGCCUUCAUCGUCACCCCUGUUUCCACCUACAAACAAUCAAAUUUAAUUUAACCCAAAAUGUAAAAACCAAAAGACAAAUGCUAUCCACACGAGUAGAAAUACAAUGAGUUAUGGCCAAAAAACAAAUGAUCUCCCUCUUCCAUCGACAACCAGAUCCAAGUCUCCCUCCACUCAGCCCCUAGGUCUCUUUUCCAUCACCUCCAGAUCUCUGUGUCAGACAUUCCUCCCUCAUCCCCUUCGAUAAUUAGACUAACCGGGGCUUCAUCGCCGUCAGAGUGGGAGAAAAUGCAGGGUUCGAAAUUUAAAUCCAUGGGUUUAGGUAUGAAUUUCAAAUACACGGUUUUUAAGUCUUUCAAAUACACCAAUUAAAAUACAUGUAUUUCC